CACCAGUCUAGAUGAUCCCCAAUUUGAGUUUUGGGGACAAAACUCCUUUUUAGGAGGGGUGAGUGUAAUAUCCCAAAUUUUCGGGAAUAUUUAAGUGUAAGUUAAGGACUAAAUUGUGGAAAAAUAUGGUUUUGGGACUUAAUAGCGAAAGAUUUCAAAGUUGAAGGACUUAAAGAGGGAAAGAAUUUGGAUAAGGAUGACUUCUUUUAUUUUUCUCCUUUUUCUUUCUUUCUUUCUUCUUCUCCAGCCCGAUUCUGCUCUUCUUUUCAUUUCUUCCCGCUGCAGCCACCCGAAGAAAAAAAAAGGGGGAACCCAGCCAUGCUUGAGAAACUAGUGAGAUAAGCUUGGUUUUCUCCUUCCUUUCUUGCUCUAGAACACACCUAGAACCCAGAAAUCUUCCCCCCUGCUGGAAAAGCCAGAUCUGCCCUGCUCUGCUUUGUCCUUCCGCCGGCUGCUCUUGAUUGUGGGUGAUUUCUGGGCAUUUUUCGUCCGUGAGUUCCCCUGCAGCUUGCCGCCGGCUUCUUCUUCCCCCCUGCAGCUCCGGUUUCUACAGCUGGAGAAUUAUGGUUCUUGAUCGUCCUGUCAGUUUAGUACGUGAAUUGAUGCUCGGUUUUAUGCGAGUGGAAGCGAAAUCAAGGACGGGGAAACCACGGAAAGUGACGAGUUAGAAAGCUAGCCAUUUCGAGAUUGAUAUAGAUUUUAGAAAUAAAUCAUGAUCUUGUAAACUAGAGUGUAUUUGGAGAUCUAUGUUAUCGGAGUAAAUUUUAAAGAUUUGAUCUUCAGAUUUUGGUGGUAUCAGAGUUCAGUGUGAUAAG